AUGAGCGACGCAGCCGUUGAAGCCGCUCUGGCAUCCACACCUGAGCCCGCUGCGCCUGCGCCAACCUUUGAAGGAGAGAACAAAUUUCAACAUGCGAUCUCAGCAUGGAGGACAAUCGAUCUCACAACUCUUGUCUCGAACCUAGAUAACACUGCUUCCGACAUUGUCGCCUAUCAACGUGACUCAACUGUUCAGCGUAAAGAACUGGCACAAAAAACGAAGGAGUUUCGGAAACUCGAUGAUUCUUCCAAAUUGACAGAAAUCAAGGGCUUGUUAAAAUCCUAUCAAACCUUUAUCGAUCUUCUCACGAACCAUUCCAAGUCUGUCAACUCGGCCUUUCUGCAGACAUAUGCCUCUUUCUCCGAUGCGCCCGACCCGUACCCACUCCUUGAGGCCUCGGUCGACUCGAUGCUCCUCGCUGAGGAUACUUUACCGAAAAUAACGGAAGAGAACCAACACCUACAAGAAAAUGUUACAGCUCUCACAACCCAGUUGGAGGAUGUCGAAUCGAAGCUACAGACUGAGCGAAAAUCUCGAAAGGAUUUAGAGGAGAACCUCGAGAAACGUGUCAAGGAAGUCGAGACAUCAUGGACUGCUGUCCUAGACGAGAAGACGGAUAAUUGGGAGGCCAAGGAAAAGACCCUGGAGGAUAAGGUUGAGAAGCAAGAGCGCCUGUUGACUGAGAUGCGUGCAAGCUAUGAAGUCAACCAACGAUUGGGCAAGAAUGGCGAAGAACAAGAGGCCCAGCGCAACCAGGUCUCAAGUGCCGAGCUUGAGAUGCUUCACUCUGACUUGGAUCGUACGAGUGCUCGUCUCGCUGAAAUUGAAGCCCGUAACGAGCAGAUGCGUCUAGAACUCGCGCAGGCCAAGUCAUCAGCCCAGCAGCAACCUGAAACAAACCUUGAAGACGACCCAGGUUACAUGCGCGUGAGGUCAGAGAACCAAUCUAUGAUUCGCAAACUGGACGCUGCCCGCGUGGAGAAAGAAGGCCUCAAGCGAGAUUUGGACGGUAAACUACGAUCUAUCGAAAGAGAGGUGAAUGCUCUAAAGGAAGAGAGGGACACAUUGAAGAAUAAGGUGCAAAAGUGGGGCGAUUAUGAUGAGAUAAAACAAGAGCUCGAGGUUUUGAAGAGCAUCGAGUUCUCUACAGGUGACGAUGACGAGGUACGAGAGCAUCUCGAGUCGAAGGAUGCGGAGGGCAACUCCUUGGAGAAGCUCCUUUUGGCACGCAACAAGAAGCUCGGCGAUGAAUUGACAGUUCUGCGUGUCUCGCACAACGACUUGCAGAGCCGUUUGGAAGAUCUUCAAGAAGACCUCUCAAGAACAAACGCAGAAUUGGAGCGGUCUCAGAAGCUCAACCAGAAGUUAGAGACUGACUUGGAGACAAUCCAGGAGGAGGGCGCCAAUGCAUUCCCGUCUGGAGCAUCUGUUGCUGGAACAUAUGUCACUCGGGCAGUUGGACGUAAGAGUGGUAGGAUUUCGCCCACAUCAUCAAUCAUCAGUGGUAUGGAUCCUCGGAUGGGAGGUGGCGAGCCUGGCGAGCGAGUCUACGGAGGUGGCUCAGGCAUGCUACCAAUGGUCACGGCCCAGCGCGACCGUUACAAGAAGAAGAACGGAGAAUUGGAGGAAGAGCUGUCCAACACACACCGGACAGUGUCACAACUGCGCCAGGAGGUCGCGGCACUGCAGAAGGACAACCUGAACCUCUAUGAAAAGACAAGAUACGUCUCGACAUACAACCGAGGGGGUGGAGCAGCAACAUCGUCUGCGUAUGGCGCAAACCCCAACCCGUCGACGGUGUCGAUUGGCGAAACAGGUAACCCUGGAAUCGCCAUGGAUCGAUACCGGCAGGCAUAUGAGUCCAAUAUCUCUCCAUUUGCAGCUUUCCGCGGGCGGGAAUCUGCUCGAGCCUACAAGCGGAUGAGUCUACCAGAGCGGGCAGUCUAUUCACUGACUCGUACAGUUCUUGCUUCAAGAACCAGUAGAAACUUGUUUGGAGCAUACUGCGUGGCACUUCAUUUGCUGGUCUUCAUGUGCUUGUACUGGAUGAGUUCGUCGGAUGUCCAGCGGGUAACCCAUCUCGAGUCUGCAGCGGCAGCGGCAGCGGGAGUGGCCGGGGGCUCACUUGGCAGUCCAAUGGACGGAGCGCCUAAAGAUCCCGCCAAGUAG